AUGCGCGGCAUCACAUCUCCAUUGAGGCAUAGGUGCCGACCGACGACUUUCUUGCAUCCUGCACCGCGCGCCCGUCGGGACAUUUCUGUCACGACCAACCGGCCAUUCCCCUGGGAAGAGCACACCACCCCCUCUCGCGAGCAUGGCGGCGCCGACUUCUUUACACUGGCGGGCAAGCCACAGCAUCCGUUGAGUCUCGCCGAUCUGGUCAAGCAUGGCCGUCCACCAUUGAGCGAGGCUUCCCUCCUUGCUUCUGCAAACUUCACACUCUCCCUCCUUCCCAUUCGCCUGGCACGACGAAUUCAAGCGCUUCGAAACUUGCCGUUUAUCGUGGUGUCGAAUCCCAACAUCAGGCAAAUCUAUGACAAAUACGAGACGUCGUUGUCGACAUUGCUGCCGUGGUGGGAGAAAGGCAAGAACCCAGUCCGUACCCUGGAUGACGAAGUCCGCUUCACCCAGGUCCUUGCCGACCUCGUCAGGACGCACACCGACACAAUUCCAAUCUUGGCACGUGGAUUCUUGGAAGCCCGCCGUCACAUCUCCCCAGCCGAUGUGACAACUUUCCUCGACCAACAUCUUCGAGCGCGCAUCGGGACGCGACUUGUGGCUGAGCAGCACAUUGCCCUGCACUACUCUUCACAGCCUCACUUCAACCCGGACGCCAGUCCGACGCCAUGUCUUGACCACCCUUCGUUCGUAGGCGUCAUCGACACCGCUCUCCGCCCUGCAGAUAUCAUCCAGAGCCAGGCCGAAUUCGUUGCUGAGAUCUGUGAGCUUCGCUACGGCACGAGGCCACAGCUGAUUAUCAAUGGGGACCCAGAUACCACAUUUGCCUACGUGCCCAUGCAUCUCGAGUACAUCAUCACCGAGCUCUUGAAGAAUGCGUUCCGUGCGUCCGUAGAGCGACCCGGAAACACAGAACCGGUCGUCGUCACCAUCGCGCCCGAGCCGUCCUGCGGCGAGGCUGUUCAGAUCAAAGCACCAAGCGAAGAGCGCGGCAACUUCAAGAGCGACUUCAUCCAGCCACUGGAUGACAAUGCACCCGGUGUGACUAUUCGAAUCCGCGAUCGUGGAGGAGGAAUUGCCCCUGAUGUCCUUCCGAAUAUCUGGUCGUACUCCUUCACAACUUUCAAUGACGAUUUUGACGACCUUCCUGGUAGCGGCGGAGGCUCUGAUGUCUACGGCGAUGGCCUGACGGCGAUCGCCAAUGCCAAUGUGGGCGGCAGCUCACUUGCUGGACUUGGAUAUGGCCUGCCCCUGAGUCGAGCAUACGCCGAGUACUUCGGAGGCGGCAUUGCCGUGCAGAGCCUGCACGGUUGGGGAGCAGACGUUUAUCUCAAGUUGAAGGGCAUCGGUGUGCACUGA